GCUCAAUUUUAAACAAAUGAAGGACGAAAUUGAAGGACAACAUAAAAUUCGAGGGUCGAAAAGCAAAAUGGAAGCAACGCGGCCAACGCCACCGUGAAAAAGGAAGCAAGAAAGAACUAAUAUGCGAACGCGAAUCCCGUACCUCAACCCCAGCCAACGCAACCUCCGCACUGCUCGCAAUCGCACCCAAUUCGCUGCUGCCGUCUCUCCGUGAGCUCUCAUUCCUCCCCUAGCGACCCCGCCGAGAAAUGGCAGGUCCGGACGCGCUCUCGCCGCUGGAGCCGCAGAGCAAGGCCAGGCUCAUCGCAACCUUCCUCGUCGGCGGCGUCGUCGUCGGGGCCUCGCUGCUCGGCCUCUACCUCACCGGAACUCCGCUUGGGAUCGGUGCCGGGCUGGGCUGCCGGAGUAGGAGGAAGAAGAGGCCGGUGAGGGUCUACAUGGACGGCUGCUUCGACAUGAUGCACUACGGCCACUGCAACGCUCUCCGGCAGGCCCGCGCCCUGGGGGACCAGCUCGUCGUCGGAGUAGUCAGCGACGCGGAGAUUGUCGUGAACAAGGGGCCGCCUGUGACGCCCCUGAAGGAGAGGAUGAUAAUGGUGCGCGCCGUCAAGUGGGUGGACGAGGUGAUCCCCGAUGCGCCGUACGCGAUUACCGAGGAAUUCAUGAAGAAGCUAUUCGAUGAGUACCACAUCGAUUAUAUCAUCCACGGCGACGAUCCCUGCGUUCUUCCCGACGGCACCGACGCUUACGAGCUUGCAAAGAAGGCCGGGAAGUACAAGCAGAUCAAGCGUACGGAAGGUGUUUCAAGCACUGAUAUCGUUGGUCGGAUGCUGCUUUGUGUAAGGGAAAGAACUAUUAGUGACACUCAAAAUCAUUCUACCCUGCAAAGACAAUUCAGCCAUGGUCGGAGUCCAAAAGUUGAAGAUGGUGGAUCUGGUGCGGGGACUCGUAUAUCUCAUUUUCUUCCUACAUCUCGAAGAAUUGUCCAAUUUUCCAAUGGAGUGAGCCCGGGACCAGAUGCUCGUAUAAUCUAUAUAGAUGGUGCAUUUGAUCUAUUUCAUGCUGGACAUGUGGAGAUUUUGAGGGUUGCACGUGGGCUUGGAGAUUUUCUUCUUGUGGGGAUACACACUGACCAGACCAUCAGUGCUAAAAGAGGACCACAUCGGCCAAUCAUGAAUCUUCAUGAAAGAAGCUUAAGUGUUUUGGCAUGCCGGUAUGUGGAUGAGGUGAUAAUUGGAGCCCCAUGGGAAGUGUCCAGAGACAUGAUUACAACAUUCAACAUUUCCUUAGUUGCCCAUGGAACGAUAGCAGAAAACGACGAUUUUCGGAAGGAUGAAGGGAAUCCGUAUGCUGUUCCAAUCAGUAUGGGCAUCUUCAAAGUCCUGGAGAGUCCACUGGAUAUUACAACUACAACAAUAAUUCGGAGGAUUGUAGGGAAUCAUGAAGCUUUCCAGAAACGCAAUGAAAAGAAGUCAGCAAGUGAGAAGAGGUACUAUGAAGAUAAGACUUAUGUUAAAGGGGAUUGAUGUUAAAACAUCUGGGGCACCUCCAUGGUUUAUUGCACCAGCAAUUUACCUUCUUUUUUUAUUGCAAAGUAGAUACAGAUGCAGAUUAUUCUAGGAUAAAGCUCGUGUCUUAUAGGGAUGCGGCAUUGUAUACGGCUCAAUCGGGAUACUGAACAUGUGAUCAUCACAUGUACUUGGUGCGUUUUGGCUUGCCAUUA